GGAGAAUCCCAUACAAUAUAACAAACGCAAGAGAAAAAUCCAUCCAUAUGGAAAUCAUAUCAUUCUUCCCUUCAUGGUUUCUUCCAGCAACAUUAUUUCUCUUCCUUACUUCCAUCUUCAUGAAUGUUCUUCGAUGGAGGAGUUCCUCCAUAAAACUUCCACCAGGCCCUCCGAGGCUUCCUGUAAUUGGGAACCUUCAUCAAGUGUUUGGUAGUAAAGACAACAUCUAUCAAAAUGUAUGGAACCUCUCCCAAACAUAUGGCCCAAUUAUGCUUCUUCAUUUUGGUACCCAACCAUUCAUUGUCGUUUCCUCAACUGAAAUGGCUACUCAAGUCUUAAAAACUCAUGAUCAGAAGAUGUGUACACGUCCCUACUCUAAGGCUUCCAAGCGACUGUCAUUUAACUACAUGGAUGCUGCCUUCGCACCAUAUAAUGAUCAUUGGAGGGACAUGCGGAAGAUUCUGGUAUCUGAAUUCUUGGGUGCUAAAAGGAUUAGAUUGUAUAAAAAUGUUUUGGAGCAUGAGAUGGAGGUUGUAGUUCGUUCUCUCUCAUUAAAUUCCUCAAGUACUACAGUAAAUCUAGACGAUAUGUUCUUAAGUCUGGUAAACGAUGUCGUGUGUAAGGUUGCAUUAGGUGACACCUAUAGGGAAAAGACCUUUAAUGGUAGAACACUGAUGGAGAUCGUUGAUGAGACCGUAGUCAUGCUCCAAGGCUCAUUUUCGGAUAAUUUUCCAACAUUUGGGUGGAUUUUGGACGGAUUAACAGGUUGGAAUCGCAGGCUAGACAAGUGUUUUAAUGAUGUUGAUGGCUUUCUCCAAAUGGUUCUUGAUGAUCAUCUUGAUCAAAAAGAUACAAAAACAAGUAAUCAAGAAAAAGAUUUUGUUGAUGACUGUAUCUCUCGGUUGACUAGCGACGAAAUGAAAGCACUUUUGAUGAAUGUGCUUAAUGGAUCAACCGACACAACUGCUACAACCAUGGUAUGGGCAAUGUCGGACAUCGUUAAAAAUCCAAGAGUAAUGCAAAAGUUGCAAAACGAAAUCCGAAGCUGUGUUGGAAGAAAACCAAGAGUAGAUGAAUCAGAUAUUAACAAGAUGACAUACUUGAAAAUGGUGGUGAAGGAGUCGCUAAGAUUGCAUCCGCCUGUUGGAUUCUUGAUGACUCGGGAAUGUAUAAGCCAUUGUGAGAUCGGUGGAUAUGAUGUCUUACCUGGUACGAAGGUCUUGGUAAGUCCAUGGGGGAUAGGAACGGAUUCAAGAACCUGGAAAGAGGAUCCAACUGAGUUUCUUCCUGAAAGAUUUGAAAAUAUCCAGGUUGAUUUUGGAGGGAAAAGUUUUGAGAUGAUCCCGUUUGGAGGGGGAAGAAGAGGUUGUCCUGGGUAUAAUUUGGCUAUUUCGACUGUAGAGUUUACGAUCGCAAAUCUUCUUUACUUGUUCAAUUGGGAAACUCCGGUUGGAAAGAAUGAAGAUUUGGACAUGAAAUUAGCGGGAGGAUUUCCGUUUAUUCGUAGGGCAACACCUCUUUGUCUUGUGCCCAAUAAGUAUAACUAGCAAGACUAGUAAAGUGGUACUUUAUCAUUUCCUUUUUUCCAUUAAACAAUAUGUUGCACCCAUUUUAAAAUUUUAUGUAUUUCAUUUCUCUUGUCAAUGCUUAUUGUAAUGUUAUUGUUCUUUCUUGUAUAUUAAGAUAUUAUUUGUAAAGACAGUUAGAC